AUGGUGGCAGAGAUGGUGCUGAGCCACCGGGGGCCCUGCGACGUGCUGAGCGAGGCCGACCUGGAGGACGUGGCACAGCGGAAACCUCCCGCCCAGCCCUCACUGCGCAGCUAUCUCCGCAAGACCAGAUGCUCGGCCUCCACUGCCAAGUCCCUGCUCUUCCGGUUCCUGCCCUUCCUGCGCUGGGUGCCCCGCUACCCCGUCAAGGACUGGCUCCUGGGGGACAUCGCCUCGGGCUUCAGCGUGGGCAUCAUGCACCUGCCCCAGGGACUUGCCUAUGCGCUGCUGGCCGGGCUGCCACCCGUCACCGGUCUCUACUCCUCAUUUUACCCUGUCUUCCUCUACUUCUUCUUCGGGACAUCCAGGCACAACUCCGUGGGUCCCUUCGCUGUCAUCUCCGUCAUGAUCGGGAGCUUGACAGACUCCCUGCUGCCCAGUGAGAAUUUCCUGGAGUCUGUCAAUGGCAGCAACAUGACGGUCAAUGAGGCAUGGCGGGACGCUGCCAGGGUGGAGCUGGUGGCCACCAUCACUGUCCUAUCGGGCAUUUUCCAGGUGGCCCUGGGCCUCCUGCAGUUCGGCUUUGUUGUGACCUACCUCUCAGACCCACUGGUGCGUGGCUACACCACUGCUGCCUCUGUGCAUGUCCUCAUCUCCCAGCUCAAGAAUGUCUUUGGGGUCGCCGUGGGCGAGUACUCAGGGCCACUCUCGAUGUUUAAGACCUUCAUCGAGAUCUGCCGCAAGCUGCCAGAGACCAAUGUGGGCACCCUGGUGACAGCCAUCAUUGCCAUGGUGGCCAUCUACAUCGUGAAAGAGCUCAACCACAAGUUCGCUGCCAAGCUGCCCAUGCCCAUCCCCAUUGAGCUUAUCACGAUCAUCAUCUCCACUGGCAUCUCCUACGGUGUCAACCUGAACGCCAAGUUUGGCAUCUCCGUGGUGGGCAACAUCCCCAGCGGGCUGAAGGCACCCGUGGCCCCUAACGUCAGCUACUUCGGGCAGGUGGCAGGUAAUGCCUUCGCCAUUGCUGUGGUGGGCUACGCCAUCUGCAUCUCCCUGGGCAAGAUCUUUGCCCUGAAGCAUGGCUACAAAGUGGACAGCAACCAGGAGCUGAUCGCGCUGGGCCUCUGCAACUUCCUGGGGGGCUUCUUCCAGUGUUUCGCCAUCAGCUGCUCCAUGUCACGGAGCCUAGUGCAGGAGAGCACAGGGGGCAACAGCCAGGUAGCCGGUGUCAUUGCAUCCCUGGUCAUCCUGGUGACCAUCCUGAAGAUCGGAGAAAAAAAAGCCAUCUUGGCUGCCAUCAUCAUCGUCAACCUCAAGGGCAUGUUCAAGCAGUUCAAUGACUUCCGCGUGCUCUGGAAGUCCAACCGGGUGGACCUGAUGGUCUGGAUCGUGACAUUUGUGUUCCGCACCCAGCUCCCCCACUACUCCAUCCUGGGACGCAUCCCUGACACCGAUGUCUACAGGGACGUGGCUGAAUACCAGAUGGCACAGGAGGUCCCGGGUGUGAAGAUCUUCUGCUCCUCCUCCACCCUCUAUUUUGCCAAUGUGGAGCUGUACGCUGAGGCCCUAAAGAAGAAGAGCGGUAUCAACGUGGACCGCCUGAUCGAGAAGAAGAAGAAGGCCCUAAAGAAGCUGAAGAAACAGCAGAAGAAACUGGAGAAGGAGAAGGCAAAGAGGAAAAAGGUGCUUGCCGGGUCUCCUUCCCUCCCCCAGGACAUGGAGGAUGGGCACAAUGGUCCGGGUGUGGCGGUGAUUGAGCUGAGCCAGGCGGAGGGUGGUGCCCCCCCCAAGCCCACCCUGCGCAGUCUGGGGCUGCCCCAGCCCAGCUUCCACGCCGUUGUCUUGGACUUCAGCCCUGUCAGUUUCGUGGACACCGUCUCCAUCAAGAUCCUGAAGAAUAUCUUCAGGGAUUUCCAUGAGAUAGAAGUGGACGUCUUCAUUGCCGGCUGCCCGGUGCCCGUCCUCGCCCAGCUGGAGCGGGGCAACUUCUUCAGCUCGGCCAUCACCAAGCACUCCUUCUUCCCCUCGGUGAAUGCCGCUGUGGCCCACAUCAGCGGGGAGCAACGCUGGGCCUCA